GGAAGAUGGGCGGCCAGCCACGCGCCUAAAUCGAGGGGUUACCAGUCUCCAAGACAGACCCCGAGGGCUCAGCCCAGGGUUCCAGGGCGGAGGAGAUGGCUACCAGCCCGCUGCCUGGGCCCAACGACAUCCUACUCGCCUCACCAUCAAGCGCCUUCCAGCCAGACGCUCUGAGCCAGCCCCGGCCAGGCCAUGGCAACCUCAAACCCAACCAGGUGGGCCAGGUGACCCUCUACGGCAUCCCUAUCGUGUCGUUGGUGAUCGACGGGCAGGAGCGCCUGUGCCUGGCACAGAUCUCCAACACGCUCCUCAAAAACUUCAGCUACAACGAGAUCCACAACCGCCGCGUGGCGCUGGGCAUCACGUGCGUGCAGUGCACGCCGGUGCAGCUGGAGAUCCUGAGGCGCGCGGGGGCCAUGCCCAUCUCCUCGCGCCGCUGCGGCAUGAUCACGAAGCGCGAGGCCGAGCGCCUGUGCAAGUCGUUCCUGGGCGAGAACAGGCCGCCCAAGCUGCCUGAUAACUUCGCCUUCGACGUGUCGCACGAGUGCGCGUGGGGCUGCCGAGGCAGCUUCAUCCCCGCGCGCUACAACAGCUCGCGCGCCAAGUGCAUCAAGUGCGGCUACUGCAACAUGUACUUCUCGCCCAACAAGUUCAUCUUCCACUCGCACCGCACCCCGGACGCCAAGUACACGCAGCCCGACGCGGCCAACUUCAACUCGUGGCGCCGGCACCUCAAGCUCACCGACAAGAGCCCUCAGGACGAGCUGGUCUUCGCCUGGGAGGACGUGAAGGCCAUGUUCAACGGAGGCAGCCGCAAGCGCGCGCUGCCCCAGCCCAGCGCGCACCCGGCCUGCCACCCGCUCAGCUCGGUCAAGGCCGCGGCGGUGGCCGCGGCGGCCGCGGUGGCCGGCGGAGGUGGCCUGCUGGGUCCUCACCUGCUGGGGGCGCCGCCGCCUCCCCCGCCGCCGCCGCCGCCCCUGGCGGAGCUGGCGGGCGCCCCGCACGCGCAUCACAAGCGACCCCGCUUCGACGACGACGACGACUCCCUCCAGGAGGCCGUGGUGGCCGCGGCCAGCCUCUCCGCGGCGGCCGCCAGUCUGUCGGUGGCCGCGGCCUCGGGGGGCGCGGGGGCGGGCGGGGGCGGCGCCGCGGGCGGCUGUGUCACCGGAGUCGGCGUGGGCGCGGGCGCGGGAGCCGGCGCGGCGGCGGUCGCCAAAGGUCCCCGCAGCUACCCGGUCAUCCCGGUGCCCAGCAAGGGCUCCUUCGGGGGCGUGCUGCAGAAGUUCCCGGGCUGCGGGGGGCUCUUCCCGCAUCCGUACACUUUCCCGGCCGCCGCCGCCGCCUUCGGCUUGUGUCACAAGAAGGAGGACGCGGGCGCGGCGGCCGAGGCGCUGGGAGCGGCGGGCGCGGGGGGCGCGGGGGCGGCGCCCAAGGCCGGGCUGUCCGGGCUCUUCUGGCCCACGGGCCGCAAGGACGCUUUCUACCCGCCCUUCUGCAUGUUCUGGCCGCCGCGGACCCCCGGAGGGCUGCCGGUCCCCACCUACCUACAGCCCCCGCCGCAGCCGCCCUCGGCGCUCGGAUGCGCGCUGGGUGACAGCCCGGCCCUGCUGCGCCAGGCCUUCCUGGACCUGGCCGAGCCGGGCGGCGCGGGCAGCAGCGCCGAGGCCGCGCCCCCUCCGGGUCAGCCCCCUCCCGGGGUGACCAAUGGCCCGGGUUCGGGCCCGUCGCCCUCCGCAGGGGGUUCGGGAGCUCGCGACGCGCUCUUCGAGUCGCCCCCGGGCGGCAGUGGGGGGGACUGCAGCGCCGGUUCCACGCCCCCGGCGGACCCGGCCGUCCCGUCCGGGGCGGGAGCCACGGCCCCCGGAGCGGGUCCCGCGGGCGCCCGGGUGCCCGCACCCCACCACCCGCACCUCCUGGAAGGGCGCAAGGCGGGCGGCGGCGGCUACCAUCACUCAAGCGCCUUCCGGCCCGUGGGUGGCAAGGACGACGCCGAGAGCCUGGCCAAGCUGCACGGGGCGUCGGCGGGCGCGCCGCACGCGGGCCCGGCGCACCACCACCAUCACCACCACCACCACCCGCACCACCACCACCACCACCACCCUCCGCAGCCCCCGUCGCCGCUGCUGCUGCUGCCUCCACAGCCCGACGAGCCGGGUCCCGAGCGCCACCACCCGGCCCCGCCGCCGCCGCCGCCGCCGCCGCCCCCGCCGGCCCCGCAGCCGCCCCACCGAGGCCUCCUGUCCCCCGAGGGCACCAGCUGCAGCUACCCCAGCGAGGACAGCUCCGACGAGGAGGACGAGGAGGAGGAGCAGGAGGUGGAUGUGGAGGGCCACAAGCCCCUGGAGGGCGAGGAAGAGGAGGAGGAAGGUCGGGACCCCGAAGACGACGACGACGACGAGGAGGAGGAGGAGGAAGACGAGGAGACCCGGGUCCUUCUCGGAGACCCGUUGGUGGGCGGUGGCCGCUUCCUCCAGGGUCGAGGGCUGUCGGAGAAGGGGAGCAGCCGGGACCGCGCGACGGCCGCCGCCCAAGGCGCUUUCCCUCUCGCGCUGAACUCCAGGCUGCUGCAAGAGGACGGGAAACUGGGUGACCCCGGCGGCUCGGACCUGUCCCCGCCCCCGCCCCCACCGCUGGCCCCCCAGAAAGCAGGCGGCGGCGGCGGCAGCAGCAGCCCGGGCAGCCCUGUCCACCAUCCAUCACUGGAGGAGCCGCCAUCCUACAAAGAUAAUCAAAAAACUAAGGAAAACAGCCAAGUUAUUGUAUCUACAAAGGAUGACAACAACUUUUCAGAUAAGAGCAAGGAGCACAGCUUUUUCAUCACAGACACUGAUGCACCUGGAGAGUUUUGGAGAGAAAGAUCAGGUGAACACACACAAGAAGCCAAUUCACCUCAUUCACUCAAAAAGGAUGUAGAAAAUAUGGGAAAAGAGGAGCUCCAGAAGGUUCUGUUUGAGCAAAUAGAUUUACGGAGACGACUAGAACAAGAAUUCCAGGUGUUGAAAGGAAACAGCUCUUUCCCAGUAUUCAAUAAUUUUCAGGAUCAGAUGAAAAGGGAACUAGCUUAUCGAGAAGAAAUGGUGCAACAGUUACAAAUUAUCCCCUAUGCAGCAAGCUUGAUCAGGAAAGAAAAGCUUGGUGCCCAUCUCAGCAAAAGUUAA